UGCGAUUCCUACGACACUCCACACCUACGUAAUUGGGAAGUAAAGUCUACUCCACAACCAGGAAACUCGUAAAAAACAAAUUGAUUUUUUGGUUCUGCUGAACAGCUCUAGUCAAGUCUUUAUAAGGAAGCGUUUGGAGGCAGCGAAAGCGAGCCGCCUUCAGUACAAUCACCAAUCCGCAUUGUCGUAAAGUUGCCAUAUAAGACAUUUAUUUUACCAAAGUGUAUGACCCAAAGAGGCAAUUCUGUCUCGCUUCGGACUUGCUUGAUAUGGUAGCUGCUGUCAGCCGAGGGCGGAAGCAACACAUCCAGAUGUCCCAACAAGGCUCGGACAUGCUACAGAAGCCCAAUAGCGAGCAUAGAAGAGGAAGAGUUUGAGAGCAUAUUUUCACUGACACUUACCCGCAUCAGAAACGGUUAGGUCAUCACCGCUGCGAGAACAAAGGACAAAGACACCCGAAGCGGUUGAGCAUCUCUCAUACACCCAAUAGACUGGUGAGCCUCGCAUCCUGAGUUUAUACAAAGGAGUCACUGGUCUUAAUCCGGGACUGCCGGCGGCCAGCUCCUUCUCUAUCAACAGAGUAGCUGAAUCCCAAGGGUCCGGCGUAGAUCCAGUAAGAAGAAAGCAGGAACAAGACUUCUAUGUCGGAAUUAUUAGGCCCCGCUUUCCAUUUCUUUGAAGGUUCAUGGGCAGCCUCCGUUUAAAGCUUCGAGAGCAUCAGAUCAGCGUGUUUCGAGGAACAGUGCCACCCACCCGGGAUUGAGGUCAGGACAAAGACACUCAAUGAUAUUUUGGGAGGAACGAGCCGCACUAGAUCCUUCAGAAUGUCUUGGGAGGUGGAAUUCUUGAAAAAGGCAGGACGGAUCCCUCUGCUAUGGCCGGGGGAGGAUGGUUGUAGAGCAUACUCAAAGCACGUGAGCGCGAUUGAUCUGUGAUGCUGAUCAUGUGCCACUACCAUCACUUCGGUCCUCUCGGAGUCAAUUUGUGUUUUCGCGUCCAACGCGACUCAUGCUCCUGAGGCCAAGAGUUCAUAUCGUUCUUAAUCAAAUACCCCAUCCCGUCUACCGCUCCUUUACCCACUCCACCACAGCACUCCACGCGUCCACCCGCAAAAUGGGCAAGAAAUCCAAAGUCAUCCCGGAGUCGCUCUUCCGGCUCGUCCAUCCCCAAGCCAACAGCGCGCCCAUCGUGGACACACACACACACCUCGCCUCCACUUUCGAAGCCUACCGCCACAAAUAUCCCGCGGGCGAAUUCACGACGGUGCACGAGUUCGUGCGGGGGCUUUAUGCGCCUGCAGGCGUCCAGCAGAUCGUGGACGUGUGGUGCGAGGCCCCGGUGCAGCGUUCAUGGAGGGAGUUCGCGGAUUCGGCGGUUACUGAGGAGCAGAGGCGCGAUCUGUGGGGUGGGGUGGGCUACUGGUUCGUCAUGGGUGUGCAUCCACACGAAGCCAAGCUGUACAACGAUGAGAUCGAGGCUGAUAUACUAGAGGCGAUGAAGCACCCGCGUUGCGUCGGCUGGGGCGAGAUGGGAUUGGAUUACCACUAUGAUAACUCGCCCCGGGACGUCCAGCAAGAAGUGUUUACCCGGCAACUGCGACGCGCAGUCAAACUCAACAAGCCGUUAACGAUACACACUCGCGAAGCAGAUGAAGAUACAGAACGAAUACUGAAAGCGGAGGUGCCCAAGGACCACAAGAUUCACAUCCACUGCUUCACCGACUCGCCUGCAUUUGCACAAAGACUCCUAGACUGGUUCCCGAAUCUUUACAUCGGCAUCACGGGUGUCAUUUCUUAUACCUCGAAUGCGGACACGUCCACGACGGUCCGCAACAUGUUUGAGGGUGUGGGUUCCCCCCGAUUACGUAUCCUGCUGGAGACGGACGCGCCGUACAUGGUUCCCGCACCCAUCUACACCGCACCGGCAUUCGCGACAGCCGAAGGCAAGGGCAAGAAGCUGCCGUUCUGUCACUCUGGGAUGGUUCCUUGGACGGCUAGUUUCGUGGCCGAUCUGUUACCGGGAGGAGAAGCCGGGGCAGAAAGCGAAGGCUGGGAUGCCACCCGGGUGAUGGCGGUGGCGAGGGCGAAUGCGCAAGCGAUGUAUGGCGUUUGAUUCGUUCGAGUUCGAUCUCAAGAUGUCCAACUCCAAAGCUGUACGGGCCAGGGUCUACAGGAACUGGUGUAAGGCUUCUAUACACCUUGUAACCGCAGCGAAUCUCACGCGCUGUCCCUACCGGCGCAGUUAGCGUCGGUACGAAUCUGAAUCUGUCCUGGGAGAGUCUAUGUAACAUAUUUGCUCUCGCUUCAUCUCCACAAUCGCGCGACGUCCUUCAUCUGAAGCGGUGUCGUCGCCACAGCUAACUCCACCGCGGCCGAGCACGCGAAUCUUCCGGAUUUCCCGGCUCCUAUGACAGGCGUACUGGAAGCCGUUGCUGUAACACACCGGACGUGUGCUCGGCACCGGUUGCUUGAAUGCAUUUCGGAGCCGACGACGACGACUCUCAAACUAAUCUUAACUGAGUGCGAGGCGCGAUGACGAUCUGUAGUCGUAGAACCUCAUGCGAAGUGUACUCAACAACCGCGGCAAUCUCCGCCGCUACCGCCAGGAAGUUCCUCGGCGCUGUCAGGUCUAAGCGCAACUUGGUCGAAAUGUUCAAAUUCUGAAUAUGAUGCGACAGUCGCAUAUUUAGUCGUUGUGCUGUCCAGAAUCGGCAAUUUGACAUUUACAUCGGAAGAGCAGAGACGAGCAGUCGUAUUCAAGAGAGGAAAUUCCAUACAUUCGCAUUCAUAUAUUUCAAGUGGAGGAACAUUGUGUGCUUGUUUGAAUGAUCCUGCCUGGUGUGAACGACGGCCGUAGCGAGAAGCACGAGGCUCUUCCCCAACACCAUAUUUUCUGUUGUUGGAGCAUCUUCCAACGGUUUUGUCAACACCUCAGUAUAAGCAGUCGGCCGGGUGGUCUAAGACAGAUGACGUGACGCCAUAAGACGCUGUGACUCAUUCUCUGCUCAACGACGUCGCGGCUGGCUUGCCUACACGCUUUGUACUGAAGAAACUCCGGCCUUUGCACUAGGCGACAAAGAUUCAUGCUCCUAGCUGCUGCGGUUGUUGAGAAAGAGCAGGUCUAGCUUUGGGUGAUGACAAUCUUCAGAACAAAAUAAGCUUGCGACCGUUUAGGCAGGUUUAGGCCCGCAAGUAAGGCGUACCCACCGGAGCAGAAGCCAUCCUGGGAGAGAUCAGGUCGUGGAGACGGACUCGACCGCGCGAAUUGGAAAAUGACUGAGCGAGAUCCCGAUGACACACCCAGAUGGGGUUAUUUCUCAUGUCUAUUUGGGCGGCCGGAUUUUUCUGGACGGUCACUCUUGUCCAGAGCCAUCAGGCUUGUCUCGGUCAAGCAUGCACUGUACUUGACGCCGCCAACACCUCCGACAGCCCUUUUCGCCCGUAACUAUUCGCUCUUUACACACCACUCAUUAAUAACCGACCGACGUACGAAACGACCACAAUGCUGAACAGACAUUUCCUUCAAGACGAGCCUCCCCUGGACGCGCUGUGCCAUCACUUCUCCCUGGCCAAAGCGGUUUUCCCGCUGAGCACGCCCCUGGCGCCCACCUUCUCUAUGCACCUCAUCUCCCCAGCCACCCGGCUGCCAACCCACGUUCUCGCGAUCUUCCCGCCGGAAGACAGCGCGAUCCCCAACGUCCCGCCGCUCAUGGUCCCCAUCGACGCGUCCAUGUACCACGGCGCGUUCGAGAACGCCGGCGCGGUCCCGCACCCGGGCCUCGCCGCGGUCGCCACGCCGCAGCACAUCACCCUACCCGUCGUGUCCGUGCACGCGCCGCACAUCCACUCCGUGCCGCUCCUCUUCCUCUUCGGCCUCGGGCUCGAGACGGACCGGAACCAGCUCGCCGCGCGCGUGCUGCCCCCGGAGGUCAUCGGCGAGUUCCCCAACGCCGCAGCGAUGGCGGGCGUGCUCAGCCGCCUGCCCGAGGCCCAGUUCGACUGGUACCUCGACUACGUGCGCGGCCUGUGGAAGAACGUGCUGGCGUUCGCCCCACGCGACGCCGAGCUCGUCGAUUUCGUGCAGCUGGUGUACAAGGUCGUGGCCGACGCCAGGCGCUUGAGACGAUAAUGCACGCACGCACGCACACACAUCCACCCAUCCCUCAUACGACGCGAUCCAUGAAAAAACGAUACCACGACGCGCGAUCCGAAGAAGACUCUUGAUGACGACGACAGAUCACUAAUCUACGCAACCCUGCUUCUAAUGCUUUCUUGCUCUUCUGCUUUCAGCGCCCACUUACUCCACUACAUACGACUUGCUCUGCUUUAAUCCGUGUAUCGUAGCAACCUCGUAAUUACUUGCUGUGUCCGGAGCUUUUAAUCGCAACCC